GCCCACUAAGCAGGCAGUGAUCAACAACUAUUGCCCCAACAAAGAACCGACUCCAAGCACUCAAAUGUCGGGCAGCCACCAACCAACCUCGACCCUGGACCUUCAGCAACCCCAUUUCUCACUAGGUAUCCAUCUGUAAUCGUAGUCGCUGUGCGGCUCAGCCUCGCGCCUCUCUUCUCUCCUCCAUGGUCCCGUUGGAAAAAUGAGCCAGCCGCCUCACAACGACCUCGAGGAAGGUGAACCUGUCCACUGGAGAUGGACGUCGCCUUGGCUUCUAGAGAUCCUCCGACGCGAACGCCACCGGCCAAGGGCGGACCGCAACGAUGAGCAUCUGGGUGCCAUGUUCGACGCGGCUUCCACAGGCGACUUCAACCGACUCAAGGUGGCCUUGGUGACCCUGACGCAGUCCCGUGAGCAAAUCGAUGCCAGCAUGCUCCACGAGCACGGCGGUUGGGACCGCCAUGUGACGCCGUUGCACGCGGCCGCGUCUGGUGGCCACCUCGACGCUGCCACGCUCCUGAUCGCGCUUGGUGCCGACCUGGAGGCCUCCGUCGGCCAGGCCGGCGAUCGGUUCACGCCGCCCUUGCUCCCCAUAAUGAGGCUGGAGCAACGAUCUGAACGUUGAAUAUACUGUUUGACCAUGGUCUAGGUGCCAAUGAGCGAUUGGCUGACAGUGAAGAUCGGUCCUCGAUGCUCUGGAGGUUGGUUAUGCCAAGCUUGCCAAGAAACUUAUGAAGCGCGGCGCCAUGCUAUCUGAGAAUCACUUUAGAAGCCUCGAAAGAGUAGUCAGAAGCAGUCAGUCCGCUGAAGCUCCGGAUUUUCUUGGUAGAGGAGUAAGGCACUGUGACAUCCGUCACUGCAUAGAGUCGCUGAGAGUAUAAUCAGAGCAUCGUGACAAACCUUGGCUAGGAGGCAACGUUAAAGUGCGCUCGAGAAUAGCCCAGUGCCCUUGCAGAGUGCCAGUGUAACAGGUCAGCUCUCCACAUCAUUGCUCAAGUAAUCGAGGAGGGUUGGGAGGCUUUCAUGGCGUGGUAUUCGCAUCACGUAGGAACAUGCGUGGAGGCUCCGCGCAUCCUGAUAGAAAGGGGCACUCGUCUCGAUAUUGUAGACAACCAUGGGAGGAUCACAAAGGACGCAUUCCAGCAAAAGGCUGGGUAUAUGUAUGCGCAGCUGGACAAACUUUAGGAGGCAAGCGUGAAUUACCGAGCGAAGAUGAUUGACUCCAAGACCAAGGCAGUGAAGACCAGCAGACCGAAUUCCACUCAAGUC